AUGCUCGUGUGCCUUGCGCCACUGCAGUACGGGUACCACAUCGCUGAGCUCAACACGCCCAGAAAGAUCAUCACCAGCUGCGACAAGGACGCUGUGCAUUGGGCGUCGCUGCCAAUGUGCCUGCCCAUGAACGACGCAAUGUACUCGCUGGCCACGUCCAUAUUCGCUGUCGGCGGGCUGCUCGGGUCGCUUUCGGCUGGGUGGAUGGCCGAAAAGUGGGGUCGCCGUGGGGCUUUGCUCAUUAACAACGCGCCGUUCGUGCUGGGGCCCCUGCUGAUGGCCCUGGCCGUGUCGCCGGCCAUGCUCAUUGCUGGCCGCUUUGUCAGCGGGCUCGGUUCGGGUGCUGCCGUCGUCAUCGCCCCCAUGUACCUGUCGGAGGUUGCGCCGCUUAAGUACCGCGGCACGCUCAACAUGUUCAACCAGCUGAGCAUUGUUCUGGGCAUUCUGAUUACUCUGACAGUCGGCAUGCUUGCCAACGAGGGCCCCUACUGGCGUAUUAGUGUCGGCUCCGGGCUUCUUCUCGCGUGCCUGCAUCUGGCAGUCUCCUCAUUUGCCGUUGAGAGCCCGCGUUAUCUGUGGUCGCGCAACCGCUGCGCCGAAGCGUGCGCUGUGCUUCGCCGCCUGCGCCAUACCUCUAAUAUUGAGGACGAGGUCAGAGGCUGGUCUGCCUCGCCCGUGCAACAGCGCUCGAGCUCAGCGCGCGCGAUGCUGCCCGAGCGUCGCGGCAUACUGCGCGGCGCGGCUGAGGCCGACGACGGUUUCAGCGAGGUCUCGUCCUCGGCGGACUCGCUGCACAAUGGACAGACGGGCAUCAAGCCUGACAACGGUGAGGCCGCCGGCCACCGCGGAGAUGCACUUCAGGCAGAUAACACCAACGUCACCAUCUUCAACAUUUUUCGCUUUGCUCAGUACCGCAAGCCCUGGAUGCUGGUGCUGCUGCUGCAGUUUGGCCAACAGCUGUCGGGAAUCAACACUGUGUUUUACUUCUCCUCUUCGGUUCUAGAAAAGAUGUUUUCAAGCCAGGUCAGCAGCAUCCUCACCAUGAUGAUCGGUGUGCUCAAUGUUGUAGCGACUGCUUCAGGCGCGCUGGUUGUUGACCGGUUUGGCCGCCGUCCGCUGCUGUUUUCGUCGAUGGCUGCCAUGGCCGUCUCGGUGAUGCUUCUGGGCCUGGGCUUGGGUCUCAAGCUGAACAUGCUUGCCGCAGUGUCGCUAUAUCUUGUUGUUGCGUCGUUUGCGCCCGGGUACGGUCCAGUUCCAUUUUUGCUUGGCACAGAGUUCUUUGACAUCCGCGCUGCGGGCGCCGGCGGAUCGUGGGCGCUGGCAGCCAAUUGGAUCGGCACAUUCAUCGUGGCCACUGUGUUCCUGCCCCUGCAAAGCCUAAUUGGCGAGUGGGUAUUUGCUAUCUUUGUUGGCGCCCUGGUUGUUUGCGGAAUUACCUUCUACUUCCACGUCCCUGAGACCAAGGGUCGCACGAUCGAGGACAUUGCGAGAAAGUUCAAGUAG